CUGGUUUCACGGGAAGAUCUCGGGUCCAGAGGCGGUGAGUAAGCUCCAACCAGCCGAAGAUGGCCUGUUCCUGGUGCGAGAGAGUAUCCGCCACCCGGGGGACUACGUCCUGUGUGUCAGCUUCUCCGGAGAGGUCGUUCAUUACCGGGUGAUCUACCAGGACAACAAGCUGACUGUUGACUACAAACAGUAUUUCUACAACCUCAUCGAUAUGAUUGAAUUCUACUCCAGAAACAAUGACUCCAUCGUUACGACUCUUACGAAACCCAAAAAGAAACAAGGAGCCAAGUCAGCUGAGGUGGAGCUGUGUAAAACUGGAUGGCUGCUGGACAUCACAAAACUCACUCUGGGAGAAAAUAUUGGAGAAGGGGAGUUUGGUGCUGUUUAUCGGGGGGAGUACAUGGGCCAGAAGGUGGCGGUGAAGAUCAUUAAAUGCGACGUGACGGCUCAGGCCUUCCUGCAGGAGACGGCAGUCAUGACGAAGCUGCAGCACAAAAACUUGGUUCGGUUGUUGGGCGUCAUCCUUCACAAAGGGCUCCACAUCGUCACAGAGCUCAUGACCAAAGGAAACCUGGGUAAUUUUCUCAGGACAAGAGGGCGCUUGGUUAUAACCUGUGUUCAGCUGCUGCGCUUCGCUCUGGACGUGUGUGAAGGGAUGGAGUACCUGGAGUCCAAGAAGCUGGUCCACAGAGAUCUGGCAACUCGAAACGUUCUGGUUUCUGACGACAGCGUGGCCAAAGUCAGCGACUUCGGGCUGACCAAACCGGACUCCAAGCAGCCGGACAAAGCCAUGCUGCCCGUUAAAUGGACCGCUCCUGAAGCUCUGAAGAAAGAGAAGUUCUCCACAAAGUCAGACGUUUGGAGCUUUGGUGUCCUCCUGUGGGAGAUCUUCUCAUACGGUCGUCAGCCAUACCCCAAGAUGUCUCUGAAGGAGGUGAAGGAAAAGGUGGAGGGAGGCUAUCGAAUGGAGGCUCCAGAGGAAUGUCCUGCUGAUAUUUACUCCCUCAUGAGGCUCUGCUGGGAACAGGAGCCUCGCAGGAGACCCGGCUUUCCCAAACUGAGGGAGAAACUCGAACAGGAAAUGGUUAAACGGCGCCCUGGACCAGAGGCGGAGCUUCAAGAAGGAAUCAGGUCUGGAUGCAGAAGCUGAGCUUGAUUUUUCUUUUUUAUUCAAACAGUGGAAACGAAGAUUCGGCUCUUCACAUUUGUACUGAACGUGUAUUGGAGGAAUAAAAUGUUUCUCUGUAGGAUGAACAAACUUAAUUUCAUGGAUGGAAAAAGACUGUUGACUCAGAGAGAAGAGAACUUUUUUUUGGUCUGUCACGAUGCUUGGACUAUUUGUUGGGAAUCACUGUCAACUACAACCACAGAGGGUUUUAGGCCAAUAAUUGUAAAUAAAAUACAUCCAGUGAUUAUUUUCUGAGUUUCAUUUCAAGAAAAGGAAUAAAACAGUAUUAUCACACAUUGCACAGCAAUAAGACACUUUAACUUGUUAAUAAAUGCAGACGUUUUGCAAACCGUUCUGAGUUUUUCCAGAAAUAAAAGCAUUUAUCUGGUCUCUGAGAACAUCGUUGGUCAAAGAUCAUCUUUAGGGAUUUCUGUGUAUUUUCUGGAAAACAAAUUGCAUAUUUUUCCCAGCAAAAACACACUUGGCAGACUUUGAUUCGAUUCAUCCUGAUUGAAUUCCUGUCAUGAGACUAAAUCAAGGGAAAAGACGACAUUUAAUAUUUGCUCUGAGAUUAUUUGAGUGAUUUGUGUGAUCCUUCGCCCUCCUGGGAUGUCUUGGGCCUUUUUGGUUCCUAAACAAUUUUGUUCUCUAAUAUUUUUUUUGAACAUUUUUAUUUAUUGCAAUGCACACUAUGUUCUGUAGUGUUUCAUUUUAGAUUCUUUAAAAUAAAGACAAUAAAAUGUUCUUAUUUUCCCAGUAAUACUACAAUAAAUUGACUUUAUAUCUCAGCCCUAUGUGAAGCCUCUUCCGUAGGAUUGUUGUCAUGUCACAAGACUAAAUUAAAGAUGUCAUUUGACAUAA